AUGCACAGUAGAAGUUCAGAUGAAUCUUUAUCGAUUUCAAGUCGAGGUGAUGAUCGUUUCUUUCUUAUUGCCACUAUAUUUCUACCUAUUUUCGCUCAAUUAGCAUAUAUAUUUGAUGUAUAUUAUUAUCAUUAUAAUGGAAUAACAAGUAAUGGAUAUGAAGGUUUACUUUCAUCAAUUUUAAGUGUUUUUGCUUAUCUUCAAUAUUGUGUACCAAUUCAUUCACGUUUAUUUCGUUUUUUCUAUCAUUUAUUUCUAUGGAUAUUGUCUCAAAUUGGUACAUUAGGUCAUUUAAUAUCAUACGCAAAAAGAGAUGAUAAAUUUCAUGUUAUUUUAUAUUCUAUAUGGGCAGUAGUAGAUUCAUUUUAUUUUGGAUGUUUAAUUUAUUGUCGAGUAUUUCCACAUAUUCGUAAUCUACGUAUUCAUAUGGCUAUUGAACAACGACAUUUAUUUCAUUUUAUAUCACGUUUAGAAGUUAUUCUUGCUAUAUUUAUUCCCGUCUUUUUUGAUACACGUCUUAUAACAUUAACAAAAGAUAAUAUAGCAUUCUAUAUUUUAUUUGAUUUUUUUGCUGAAUAUUAUCAUCGUUUUCAUGGUGUAACAAUUAAAGCAACUUUAUAUAUAUUUGUUAUUACAGUAACAGCAUCUGUUGCAACUGAAUGGAUUCAUAUUGCAAAACAUGAAAUGAAAUAUGAAAUAGCUUCAUUAGCAUGUGAACUUCUUGCUGCAUGUCUUUGUUAUUCAUUAAUUGUUAUGCAAUUUUUUCCAAACAAUUUUAUUUCACGAAGACAAUGGGGAAAAUAUAAACGUAGACAAACAGUAUCAUCAAUAUCUUCUCAACAUAAUCGUCAUAGUAUAGAUACGAGUACAGAAAACAAUGUAUGCUACUUUUAA